UCGGUGCGGGAGUGGAUCUCGUUGUCGGUUUUUCAGGAUUUCGCUUACGAUCGUGAACUUCGUUCUUUUUUACUAAGUGAUUUCGUGUCUAAGGAAAACUCGCUCUGAUUAGACUUGUGGAAAUGGAUUAAACGUGAAGGUCCUAGAGAAGGCGUUGAAACAGUGUAUCAAUUGUAAACAAGCUUUUUGUACUGGAUAAUUGUUUUCUUAAUGUUUGAAGAUUUGGCUCCAGAGGAAAUAAAGCAGCAAGUAGUGGUCAUGUUCCAGCGCCAGUUGAUGUUCAAUAUUAAAGGAACAUAAUCGUUUCGACCAGGCUGCGCCUCAGAUUAGCGUCCAAGCGACGGCAUCUUCCCGGGAACGAGUUGCAAAUUUCCGCUAGUGGAGUGCGGCAUACAUGAAAGUGGUCCAGUGAAAUCGAUACAUAAGCCAAGGAAUCGCGUAGUGAGGGAAAAGAGUUUUAUGCGAAGAUUAAGGCUUGGGGAAAUGUUUUGAGUGGAGGGUAUUAGAUGUGGAGUUACGUGAAGCAAUAAAAAGGAAGUGUGGCCAUGUAUUGAGGAUGUAAUUGUAUCAAAUUGGAUUUAUGUCCAGUCUUGUGAGCAAGGUGAAGUGAUUGAUGGGUCUGCAAUAAAUUUACUGCAAAUAAUCAAAUCGAAUAAUUGCCGGAUGCUGUGAGGGAGGAAUAAAGAUGCGCCGUUAUUGCAGUUAAAACAACUAUCCUGAAUUGAAUAAAUUUUGGAAACGGUUGUGGAAACGAAUAGAAAUCAACCGACACCAUCAACGACAAGCGGCAUUGUAAAAGUUUGUUUUUGAUCAAACGAGCGAAACGGCAGCUAGCAGCCGAAUCAAAACGCUAGAUUUACAACCCAUUAAUGGUAUCAUCAUCAUUAUCGUGAAGCCAAGCCAAGCCAGGCAGCUUCAGAUCAAAGGAAAGACAGAGGUUUGGCAUGGAUGGCGUCGUAAAACGAUGUAGCUUUGCGGAAAUCGUUUCCACAACAUGCUAAACUCUCCCGGUAAUACCAUAAACAACGACAAUCAAAUAAAAGCUAUCAAUUAUGCUUCGAGCUCCCUUGCUGGAAAAAGUUGAACGCCACGAUUGUCGAACUCAACAACGUUCAAGCAAGUGGCGUACGAUGAUCGCUCUGAACAAUAACUGGUGACAUCCUGCAAAAGAGGCAAUCAUCAAAACAGAGCAAACAAAAGGCUCCGGAUUCCAAAUGACAUUUUUUCUCUCGAAAAUUGGUUAAAUUGUCCCAACGGGUAAAUCGUUACCUCUUUCCCGCCUUCCCGUUUUCGAGAGUCCGUCAUAUGCGGUUUCCCGCGCGAAAAAUCACCAAAACCAGUUGGCGGAUAUCACCGAACGCGGUCGGUGCAAGGUGAAGGGCAUGACAUGUGGUGACAUGUUGCUGCCAGACCAAACAUACGAACAGGCCAGCGACCAAAAUCAGCCACAUAAGACGAAACUUCAGCCGGAAGGUUGCGGGGUGUUGCGAUCAUAUGAUGAAUUUAACCGAAUCAUCGAUCUGAAAGAAAUCGACAUCGAGAGAUUGAGGCGCAACAUUUUCCCCACCAAUGACAAGAGUAGCAGCAGCAACAAAGUUAACAGCAACAACGUAGACAACAAAAGCAUCGAAGUCGCAGGUUUUGGUGGGGUGCUGACGAAUAAUGAGAUGAAAUUUCGACAGACCAGAUCCGGUAGUGGGAGUAGCGGGGUGCCAACAAGUGCUGCCGGCUGUGGAAGUCCCGGUUCCAGUGGAGAAAGUGGGGCUGGUGGUCAGAGGACUCCCGGGAAGGAAGACACCGACAGUGCGAUCUGGAGCAGCAACAACAACCGAAGGGAGCAACCACAGCAUCGACAAUUGAAAGAAGACGAAGGCUGCGCGCGAGAUUACGACGACAAUGGUAAAAUUGCUGUGCCAACAAAUGUCCCCAUCGUUGUGGGUACGAUUCUGAGGCGGAUUGUCAACGGGAAGUCAAUCGUAGCGGAUGAAGAGGCUAGGAGAAGGAGCGACGGCAGUAAAGGCCUGGCGCUGCGAAAAGGACCAGGCGCUGGUCGUCGAUGGCAGCAGCACCGCGCGAGACAUCGCCGUCAACCGAAUCAGGAGGAGAACAGCAGCAGUUGGAGUAGCCUAAGUAGCGAUAUCCAAUCGGAUUUUGGCAGCGAUGAAGAUAAAAGGGGCUCGUUGAAAAAAAUUCACCAACCGGAUCGAUUCAUCAAGAGUAAUCCAAACGGUAACGCUGGUCAGCCGAGCAGGAUAAAUCCCGCCUUCCCACAAAGUAAGGAUGACGAAAUGUACGCCGAUUACGAUGACAAGACGUCGGACUUCUUCAACAACAUUCCCGAGUUUCAAGGUGAGGCUCUGGGUCCGUUUAGUCUGCGCAACGACAGGAGCGACCUGAGCAGCAUCCGCACCAACAUCGAUAUCCUGCGUGCCUGCGAGUUGUUUUUGAUGCGCAACCGUAUCCGGCCGGAUUUCUUCUGCAAGUACAAAAAGAUCAUCAAUGCCUCCGGUUCGAUUCCACCGCCCUCAUGCUCUCUGCCACUUUCUGUCGGCACGAGGACAACACCGAUCCAGAGAAACGUUGCCGAUCGUAAACCGAAAAGUUCAGCCCCACCAGCAGCCCAAACGACGCAAAGACCCCAAGAAGCGAGUGCCACCACGAUUGAUCCCCCGAGUGAACGAGUAGUUGAGGAACAACCGAAGGCUAAUGAAGGAAUCCCCAUCUACAGUGUGCCAAAUCGGGCCGGUAAAAGGAGACGAUUUAUCGCCCCUGCCAACUUUACAGACGCCUCCUCCUCCAACGAAGCCGUCCAUCUGCAACAGAGACUGAAGAGCCUUAGCUCGGAACUGGUAACUUUAAGGAACCGACUGCAUACCGGUGGCCAGGGAACGACGCCAGGCACAACUCCCGGAGGUCCCAACGCUGGAGCCGGUCCCCUCGGAAAUACGGUCGUUUCAUCAGUGAACGGAACCACCUCGACACCAAAUGCAAACCCACAAACCCUCGGUGGUCACGGGACGACCACAAACCUCGUCACAUCCAACAGCAAUGCUGGGCUCAACCUUUUGGCGCAACAUCUAAGCUCCGGAGCCAACAACAACACCGUUAGCAAUGGGAACACCUUGAAUAAUAAGAAUCACAUGAUAGUGGCGUCAGCCCAGUGCAUACCGACUAGUGGCACCAAUGGAACCUUAAAUCACUCGACGGCCAACGUGAUACCGCUCGUUUCUCCAAGAAAUACCUCAAUACCAUACCCUCUGCCACACAACAACAGUGCGAUACUCCAUGGAGAUUCAUCGCAAUGUGGCGGAGGUUUGACCAGCUUAACCGGUGGCGGAACUCUUCCUCGGAGAACAACCCUUGGGUAUGGAGGAACCGGAUCGUUGGGUUCGUCGAACAUCUUAGGGAGUGCUGGACACCUAAACGGGCCAAAUGGAUGUGCUUCAAGUGGACCGGGUGGGGGAGGGCCAACCAUAGUGGGUGGUACCCUCACACAUCACAGCGCCAAUGGCAUCGGUGGUGGAUCAGUUGGAAACGGCGGAGGCAGUAUGGGCAUGAAUGGAUCCGCUGAUGUGGGACCACACGGUAUUGUUGGAGGCGCAGUCAUAGGACUGUCCGGAACCGGUGUCAGUAUUGAGCGGAAAGGACAGACCGGUAAAUCGACGGCCAAUUUGGACGACCUAAUACACUUGCCAGGGCCACUCACCGAGGAUGCGGUGAUGCGGACGCUUCAGACCCGGUUCAACGAGGAGAAAUUCUUCACAAACGUUGGCCCAAUUCUCCUUUCCGUCAACCCGUACCAGGACGUCGGCAACCCACUGACACUUUCCUCAACCCGAUCCGUCCCUCUUGCUCCUCAACUACGAAAAAUAGUACAAGAAGCGGUCCGACAACAGGCCGAAACCGGUUACCCUCAGGCCAUCAUCCUAUCUGGAACUUCUGGCUCCGGUAAAACGCACUGUUCGAUGUUACUGCUGCGGCAACUCUUUGCUGUGGCUGGCGGUGGACCGGAAACUGAUGCCUUCAAACAUCUGGCCGCGGCAUUUACGGUGCUCAGAUCCUUAGGAUCUGCUAAAACGAGUACCAAUUCCGAGUCUAGUAGAAUUGGUCAAUUCAUUGAGGUCCAGGUAACAGAUGGAGCCCUCUAUCGGACCAAGAUUCACUGCUACUUUCUGGAUCAGACGCGCGUCAUCCGACCGUUACCGAACGAGAAAAAUUACCACAUAUUCUACCAGAUGCUAGCCGGAUUGAAUUCGGAGGAAUGUGCUCGGCUAAAUUUGGAAGGUUAUUCGCCGGCCAACUUGAGGUACCUGCAAAAUGGAGACAUCCGACAGGACGAACAGGAGGACGCCGCCCGGUUUCAAGCCUGGAAGGCGUGUUUGGGCAUUUUGGGAAUUCCUUUCCUGGAUGUGGUUCGGGUGCUGGCAGCCGUUCUGCUGCUAGGGAAUGUGCAGUUUGUCGACGGACAGGGCCUGGAAGUGGAAGUAAGCGGCGAAACGGAACUGAAUGCGGUGGCCAAUUUGCUCGGGGUUCCACCGGCUCAGCUAUUCCGGGGUCUUACCAUUCGGACCCACAAUGCCCGCGGUCAGCUGAUAAAAUCCGUGUGCGACGCCAACAUGUCCAACAUGACCCGAGAUUCGCUGGCCAAGGCACUGUACUGUCGAACGGUGGCCACCAUCGUCAGAAGGGCCAACAGUCUGAAACGCUUGGGAUCCACUCUGGGAACGCUUAGUUCCGACAGCAACGAGUCGGUUCAUAAUCAGGCAGAAGUGGCCAGUCAGCAUGCGUCUACCAUCGGUGGAGGAAAUGCUGGAUCCAAAUCGAUGGCCGCUCUCAAUAAUGCGGUGCGGCAUGCCACGGACGGUUUUAUCGGAAUUUUGGACAUGUUCGGCUUCGAGGAACCCCGCCCGGCUCAACUGGAACAUCUGUGUAUCAACCUGUGCGCUGAAACGAUGCAACAUUUCUACAACACCCACAUCUUCAAGAGUUCGGUCGAAUCCUGCCGGGAGGAAGGAAUCAUCUGCGAUGCGGAAGUCGACUACGUGGACAAUGUUCCCUGUAUCGAUUUGAUAUCUUCGUUGAGGACCGGACUGUUGAGUAUGCUGGAUGCCGAGUGUUCUGUGAGAGGAACUGCCGAAAGCUACGUUGCCAAGAUUAAGGUGCAGCAUAGGAAUUCGGUGCGGCUGGAGCAAAGGAUUUCGGAUUCGUUUGACCCGCGCAUGUUUGCCAUAAGACAUUUUGCCGGGAGAGUAGAGUACGAUACGACCGAUUUCCUGGACACCAACCGUGAUGUGGUUCCGGACGAUUUGGUGUCGGUGUUCUACAAGCACACGUGCAAUUUCGGAUUUGCCACGCACCUGUUUGGGACGGAGUUGAAGGCGCUCUACGCACAGGAAAACGUUCCACGUGGUUUGAGCUUCCGAAUUGCGCCGACGUCUCACACCGAUCUGCUAAAUGGAGACGAACCGGUAUCAACGCUGACGCAAGAUUUCCACACCAGAUUGGAUAAUUUAUUGAGGACGCUGGUGCAUGCUCGUCCCCAUUUCGUGAGAUGCAUCCGGAGCAACACCAACGAGCAGUCGGGCGCAUUCGAUCGAGGAACGGUUGUGCGGCAAAUCCGCGCCCUUCAGGUGCUCGAAACCGUGAAUUUAAUGGCCAGUGGCUUCCCGCAUCGAAUGCGCUUCAAGCAGUUUACCGCACGGUAUCGAAUGUUGGCCCCCUUCCGAUUGUUGCGCCGAUGCGAGGAAAAGGCGCUGGAGGAUUGCAAACUGAUACUGGACUUUGCCUUGGAAAACCCCCCGGAACUGGAUGGAUCGGUGACGCUUCAAUGGGCCCCAGGAAAGCGCCACAUUUUUCUCAGUGAAGGAAUCCGCCAACAUUUGGAGAAUGUACGGGCCGAAGUUCGAAUGAAGAGCGCCACCAUGAUUCAGGCGACCUGGCGAGGUUGGAAUCUACGAAAACGACUUGGCACCAUCCGGAGAUCACACGACAUUAAAUUGGUCGGCAGUGGACUAUUGACACUAAAUAAGACUAAUGCAACACGGCCAACGAAUAAUGCCGCCGGAGGGCCAAACGCAACCAAUACCGGGACGGCCACUAGACCGAGGCCACAGCCGAUUGCCGGAACGCCGCCACCGGAUCCGAACGAGAAGUGCGACUCGAAAAUUAUCGCGCAAACUUGCACCCUCUUUGGGCUUGAUCUGGUAAGUCGAUCAACAAUAUUCAUUUUCUGUAUGAAACUUGUGUAUACCUAA